AUGUGCAUUCUGUCAUUUUCACCUUCAGAUCAAAGAUCCCUAAGCAAGAACUGCUCUUUAUGUCGGGAUGUCCACCAUUUCGGGCAAGAGGUAGCUGAGCUUCAGAAAGAGUUUGAACAGAUUCAGCAAUUAAUUCUGGCGCAGGAGCCCAUACUGGACGAGACACUGCAGAACCACGUAACACUUUCGAUGGAUAAUAAGAAAAUUAACAAGGAAGUUACCAAUUAUUCAACAUCUGUCAAGCAAAUCAACCAAACCUUGGAGAAUUUUUCCAUCCAGAUAGAUGGCUUGCAAGCACUUGUAAAGGACCUGGACACGUUCCUGAGGAGAUUAGCCCAGGACCAGUAUGAGAUAAGGAUUGGGAUGCAGCAGAUUAACUUCACUACCAAACAGAACUCAUUGUGGCUGGAGGAAAUCCAGAGGAAAACAGAUGAGGAAACCUUGAUUUUGCAGAAGGUCACGACCGAUUGGCUGAACUCCACCAGAGUGUUUGGAGUUAUAAAGGCUUCUGUCAGCAAGACAAAUAAUAUGGUGAAAAAGAUUCAGAGCAGUGUGGCCUACACCCUUCAGAAGAUCUCGCAAAAUUCUGAGGCUAUGCAUGACUUAAGCUUACAAAUACUAACCGUGCAUGAACAGUUUGAAAAUAUAUCCACCUUUCUGGACGACCAUGAAGAAAAUAUUCAGGAUAUUCUUUACCAUGCAAAAUAUUAUGAAAAUAGGACAGCUGAAAGGCUGGAAACCAUCAACAGGCGAAUGGUUUCCCAUGAAACCGAAAUUAGCACCAUUCUGGCUAACAUAAAUGCCACAAACAGUCAUGUACACAGCAUGAUAAAUUACAUCAGUGAUGUGAGGGGAUCUUGCUCUAAUGGCCUUAGUGCACAUUCGGACGAGCUUUAUUAUCUCAACAAUUCCCUGAUGUUGAUGCAGAGCACCGCUGAAAGCCUAAGGCAGCGUUACAAUCUGCUGAGCACAACACUGACUGAUGAAGUAAGUAAGCUUGGCGUUGUCAUGGAGGAAAUGAAAAUUAUUGACGUGAAACAUGCGGACACCAUCAAGAACUUUACCAUUAUGAAAGGCAUACCAGGUCCUCCAGGGUUGAAGGGAAACAAAGGAGAAACAGGGAUCAGAGGAGCUACUGGUCUCAUUGGAAUAAAGGGUGACACAGGUGAUCCAGGGCCCUCAGGAAAACAAGGUCCACGAGGUUUGGAUGGAGUUCCUGGUUAUCGUGGAGAAAAAGGUUCAAAAGGCCCAAUAGGGAGCUCUGGUCCUAAAGGAGAGAAGGGUAGUCUAGGAAGGCCUGGUCUACGAGGAGAGAUUGGUCCAAAGGGAGAUCGAGGACCAUUGGGACCAGAAGGCAAGUCUGGGUCACCUGGAGCCAGAGGACCAACGGGAAUGCCAGGAGCUCCUGGGCAUCAAGGCUCAGCAGGACUCAAGGGAGAAAUGGGGCCUCGAGGGCCACAUGGGCCCCCAGGGCCAUCAGGAUUGUUGACAGAUGCACUUUGA